AGCCUAUGUUCCCCGCCAUUCUCCAAGAUCCGAACCACCGCCGGUCCUCCAGCACCGCCACCGUGGAAAGCGGCGCUGCUCUUCUCUCUCAGUCAAUGCUUACUUCUCUCGUGAAAAACAAACUCUUCUCUUUCCUCCUCUUCUUCUUCCUCCUCUUCGCACCAUCACCCACUUUUUCCCUCUCCUUCCCUCUCUCCAACUACGGCACUCUACUUUCCCUAUCCCACUCGCUCGCUGUGCGAGUUGCCAACCUCCGUGCCUCACGAGGCGACCUCACGGGCUCAGCCCGUGCCCGAACUAUAGCGCACAAAAUCGAGUCAGUUCAGGGACUAGGCCUCUGGAAAUUCACUUGGAACCUCGGUUCGGACUAUCUUAAAAAUUACGCCUGGCGGGAUAUCAAUACGGUCUCAAUAACUGACCUCUCCUUUGCCGUUUCCGACCUUAACGAGUUGCUCAGGGAGCUCAACGAGUUGUCCCGAGUCGGCUCUGAUUCCGAGCGAGUCGCCUGGGUCGGCCGAAACUAUAAUAGAGUCUUCACCGUUUCCAGGUCGCUGUUUGAUAAACUCCUCAAAAUAUUUCGACAAUCGGGACCCUUUAGGGAAGUUGUUGAGACAAUGCAGAAAGAGGUGGUGGAGGGUGACUUGUUAAGGGACUGUCUUGAGUUAGGUACGAAUGACUUGAAGGGCUUGAUCCAAGUUCUGAAGGACAUGGCUGCACAGUACACUGCCUCGACAUUUAGCAGAACUGACUUGUGAUCAUCUCAUGUUUGUGAGUUUAUGGGAGAACAAUUCAGGGUUUGAAGACGCCUUUUGCUUGUGUAUGUCUAUCCUGUAGUCACUUCAAAAUGUUAUCAAAAAGCAGUUUUGGUUGUUAUUAAGACCUCUACAAAAAAGCUUGGAGUAAAUGAAAUGAUCUACUUGAAUUUUAAGAUUAUGCUUGAGCUUUUGUAUUUUCACAGUUAUGAGAAUGUUAUCAGCAGAUUAUGAGUAUAAAUUCCAAGCUGUUUCAUGGAGUA